AUGGCGGACCUGAAGAGCAACACCGCGUCGGCGGGCUCGGGCACGGAGAAGUGGGGCGAGACCUUUGGCUGCUUCGAGGACUGUGGUGGCUGCAUGUACGUGUCCUGCUGCCCGCUUUGCGCCCGCUGCACGAUCGGCGAGAUGAUCGGCCCAGACGUAACGGUCGGAAAGAAUAUGGAGCCAGCGAACGAGUUCGCCAACUGCCAGAGCUGCUGCUUCAAUUCGUGCACCUUCAGCCUCAUCGGGGCUUUGAUCGGGCUACUCCCCCCGCCAGAUAUCAACAUCAUGAAGGCCGCGGCGGUCAAGCUCAACAAGGACUCGGCAUCGCCCGGGCCGUGCUGCGAAUGCUGCCAGGUGUGGUGCCUCGGCUCCUGCACCACGUGCCUCAUGUACCGCGAGCUCAAGACGGCGAACAACAAAGCCAAAGGCGCGCCAGAGGCGACCGAGAUGGAGCGUUGA